CUUGUUUUUUUGCUCAGCUGUUUAGUGUUUACAAUUUCAGUAUUCGUCGUUCGAAUUUUCCCGAGUUCUUUCUUCGUUUUUCAGAAAAUGAACCCAGCAGAAAAGAUUUAGAAGCACCAGCUACCAGGAUAAAGCAUCACUUCCAUCUUAAUUUUAAAAAGAAAAGUCAUUGCAAGCCUGGCCUCGAGUGGUGAUUCUGACGACGGUGGACUUGUUCCGCCACCUCGUAAGAAGACUAGAGUUACUGUUGAAGAUACGAUGCAUCAGCAAGCUAAUGGCUGUCAGCACAACGGGGCUGCUACUGAUGAUUACGAAGCACCGUCGUCUUCUCAACAAAAUGGCAAUGUUGAGGAAUACAAUAUCACUGUGCCCGUCAUGUCGAAGACGGAUCAAGACAUCGUUCGAUUGAUCGGACAACACUUGAAAACUGUUGGCCUGAAUCGUACCGCGGAGUUAUUGAUGAAAGAAUCGGGAUGUCGUUUGGAUCAUCCAGCAGCAGCUAAAUUUCGUCAGCAUGUAAUGGAUGGAGAGUGGAGCAAGGCCGAAAAUGACUUGAACGAAUUGAAAUUGUUGUUGGAGAAUUCUAAACAAUCGUUAGCGGAAAUGAAAUUUUUAAUCUUGGAGCAGAAAUAUUUAGAGUUUUUGGAAGAUGGUCGAGCUUUAGAUGCUUUACAUGUUCUUCGUAACGAAUUAACUCCCUUACAACAUAAUAUCGAUAGAGUUCAUGUUCUAAGCAGUUAUAUAAUGAUCAGUGGUCGAGAAGAGCUGAUGAACAGAGCUCGUUGGCACGGAAAAGGUAUCGCUUCGAGAUCGAAAUUAAUGGAAAAAUUACAGAAAUUUCUACCCCCGUCGAUCAUGCUACCUCCGAGAAGAUUAUAUACUUUACUUUCGCAAGCUGUCGAAUUACAAAAGAAUAAAUGCCCGUUUCAUAAUACGACUCAAGAAGAAGGAAUCGAUAAUUUCAAUUUAUUAGUCGAUCAUCAUUGCUCCAAGGAACAGUUCCCAUGCGAAACUAUCCAAACAUUAAAUGACCAUUGUGAUGAAGUCUGGUUCUGUAAAUUUUCUCCCGAUGGUUUAAAAUUAGCUACCGGAUCGAAAGAUACGACUAUUCUCAUAUGGGACGUUGAUCCCGAAACGUUAACAUGUAGAUUGAGAAAACAACUAGAUAAUCACUCCUAUGGAGUGGCUUAUUUAGCCUGGUCUCCCGAUGGAACCCAUCUACUUGCUUGCGGACCAGAAGACUGUCCGGAAUUGUUCAUAUGGAAUGUGGAAUCGGACGAGCCUCGUGUUAAAGUUUCACAUUCACCCGAAGACUCGUUAACAUCGUGUUCAUGGCAUACCAGCGGAAAAAAAUUCGUCACUGCUGGAAUUCGUGGCCAAUUUUAUCAGUGUGAUCUUGAAGGUACGGUUCUAGAUUCUUGGGAAGGUGUCCGCGUCAACGGAUUAUGGUGUAGGUCUGAUGGCAGAACUGUACUAGCUGCCGAUACACAUCAUCGUAUACGAGCAUAUAAUUUCGACGAUCUUUCCGAUACGAACAUGUUUCAAGAAGAUCAUCCCAUAAUGGCCUUCACUGUCAACAAAACCGAUCGCCUAGCAUUGCUCAACGUUGCCACUCAAGGAGUACAUCUGUGGGACUUGGAAGACAAAUGCCUAGUUCGUAAGUUCCAGGGUGUUACCCAAGGCCAUUUCACUAUUCAUAGUUGUUUCGGUGGUGCUAACGAGGAUUUCAUCGCCAGCGGAAGUGAAGACAAUAAGGUUUACAUAUGGCACAUUAAGAAUGAAAAACCAAUCGCCGUUCUACAAGGCCAUACCAGAACAGUGAAUACUGUCGCAUGGAACCCCGUCUAUCAUCAAAUGUUGGCUUCCGUAUCAGACGAUUGUACAGUUCGAAUUUGGGGACCCGUUGAUAAAUACAGAAAAUCUUCUAAAAGUUCAAAUUCAUCUUCGUCUCAAAACGGAGAAUCGAGUUCAUCGGCGAGUGACAAAGAAUGGAGUGAUAUGCAAACGUGAAAAUAUUACUCGUCGAUUUUUUUUUUCUCUUACGUAUCAGUGUGUUCUCACAAUUAUAUGUAUUUUCCCCAUUUAUUAUAUACCGAAACGAUUAACGUGAAAAUUUUUAUCUUGCUGAUAUAUUUACUACGUAGUGCUCACUAAUUUAUAAUAUUAUUAUAUUAUGUUAUUUUAAUCGGCGGCAGUUCUGUGUAAAUACGGUAGUUUUCAAUGUAUAUACAUAAUAUUUUGUUAUACUGAUCAAGGUACAUUUUACUUUAAUAUUAAACGUUGUAAAUCAACUUCAAAAUUUGUUUUAUUUAAUUUUUUUUUUCAUUUCGACGAAUUUUUAGUUCAAUUUUUUUCACGUACAAUUUACUGCAUUACGCGUUAGAUUUUAUAAAAAAAAAAUAAAAUAAAUAAUUUUAGAAACAA